AUGAACUCUACCAUGCGCGACUCCAGCGACAGCGAGCGCUCGUAUCUCUAUCAGUUUUCGACCUCAUCUCCUCCCCCUACAAGCCCUCCUAAGCUGCUCUCUCCGCCCAAGUCAUCUCCACCCGAGCCCGCGAUCAAGAAGGAGGCUCGCGAGCUCUGCGAAAAGCUCCUUUAUCUUCGCCGCCACAAGUCGAUUGGCAAGGAGAUCAGUCAGCAGUUUCGUGUUCCCCCUGAACUCUGGCUCGCACUGCAAGAUGAACUUCUCUUGAGUGACGAGAAGCUUCGCUGCCACUACGAGGCUCAGAACCAGAGCUUAGAGCUGAAGAUGGCCGAGCCAAUUCACGAUAAAAUCGGCUAUAAGUUCGGCAAUCUUGUAGUGAAGAAGGUCACGGCAUUGGUACAAGGAGUCCCAGCAGAUGCGGCGCUACAGGCGAUGGUUGACAAGCUGGAGAACUCCGGCGAGAUUAAGGUCACCGUGUUCGGGACUGAUUCUCGUUAUCCUGAUAUCGCUAUCGACUCCGGAGAGUAUCCACCCACAUUAGUCGGCGAGGUUGGACAUAGCGAAAACGGAGAAAAGUCCUUCCCCAAGAGAGCUGAUAUAUACAUCAUCGGCACCAAGGGUCGGGUCAAAACUAUGAUUGGUAUCGACAUUGAAUAUCGUCAUCCUGAACAGCGCAAGCCGCUUCGCCUUCAGCCUAGGAAGGCUACCUACCAGAUCUUCCGUAGCAGCAUCGAUGGCGAGGGUCAAUUGUUCGUGGACAGUCCCGAUGGCGCUAUCUCUUUCCAGAACGAGGAAGGCCCUGUUCGUCCCCGCGCUCAUCUCCGGCUCAGCCUGGCCGAUUUGAUGCCGUCUACCACCGUUCCUCUUUCCGACUACAACAUCAAGAUCUCACACCAAGAACUCUGCAACAUCAUGGAGGCCUCAGAGGACUAUCAAGAGAAGGCCGAUGACUUCAAGCUCGCCUCGACACCUGCUUCCAUCGACGACAAUGACCGUAGUUCUUCCAGUCUCGAGGCGAACGAUGAUAAGGACACUGCCUACGUUGAAAAACGUGCGCGACACACCAGCGACAACGCAACAUCAGUUAGCAAGCGGCAGACACGUAGUAGUGGCAACGUCAGCGCACCUACUAGCGAAGACGCAACUCCGGUUGGUGCGCGAACAACCCGGAACAGCAAGAGAGGUCGAGCGGAGAGCGGAGAACAGGGUAGUGGUGUCGCCGCAAAGCGCACAAAAAACAAGAAGUGCUAG